AUGGACCAGUGCAGCCUGGGGGACAAGGGCACCCUUCCAUCCGAGAUGCACCUCCCUUCGUUUCCCGAGAGCCAGGCACUCAAAUGCAGCGACACCCUCAACCGGGAUCUGGGGCCCGGCUCACGAGACCUGCUGUACGACGGCCUGAGCCGCUUGGACCUGUACCCCAGCCUCCCGAUGCCCGACGCGCCCCGCGAGAUGCCGGAGGACAACUUGGGUGCCCUGUCCCUGUAUUCAGGGGAGGACAGUGACUCCAUGAAGCUGCUGGAGAAGUAUGCAGAUCCAGAACCUCAGACUUCCUUACAAGACCUGGGGCUAGGCGUGCUCAAGGUGCCCAAAGAGGCUGACGAAGGGGGCAGGGCCACGUCUGGGAGCACGAGGAAAGGAAAGCGGCAGCACAGUUCCCCUCAGAACCCACUCCUGGACUGCAGCCUCUGUGGGAAGGUGUUCAGCAGUGCCAGUUCUCUCAGCAAGCACUACCUGACGCACAGCCAGGAAAGGAGACACGUGUGCAAAAUCUGCAGCAAGGCCUUUAAGCGUCAGGACCACCUGACCGGGCACAUGCUCACCCACCAGAAGACCAAGCCCUUUGUGUGCAUUGAGCAGGGCUGCAGCAAGAGCUACUGCGACUACCGCUCCCUGCGCCGGCACUACGAGGUCCAGCACGGCCUGUGCAUCCUCAAGGAGGCCCCCCCGGAGGAGGAGCCCUGCGGGAGCUCACCCCACGCGCCCGAGGCGCCCAGGCAGCCCGCACCCGCGAGCCUGCGGUCCCUGGGGCCCCCGGAAGCCCCAUCCCCCAGCUCCCUCUUGCCCAACCGAGACCUCCUGCGCUGUAUCGUGAGCAGCAUCGUCCACCAGAAGAUCCCUUCUCCCUGGCCAGCCCCGGGCGGGCCUUCAGACGGCGGCGAGGGGAGGAACACGGCCUGUUCCUGCCCGCCCUCGUCAGGGUCCUCCUCCUGCCGCCCAGCCAGCACCCCGGCGGCCCCGGGAGCCCUGGGCACUGAGGUUCCCGAGGAGCCCCGGCCCACACGGAAGGAGCCUGCCACGGACGUGUUCACAGCCGUCCACUCGCGGGCAGCGAAGAACAGCGGCCCCGACCCAGGCGAGCCGGAGCUGCCGCUGGUCCAGCCCCCCUCAUCCCUGGAGGGCUGGCCCGAGGGCGCUCCCCUGCCCGCCUGCCUGCCUCUGUUCCGUGGCCAGACUGUCCCCGCCAGUUCCCAGCCAUCAAGCCACAGUUUCCAGUGGCUCCGAAACCUGCCGGGCUGCCCUCAGGGCAGAGGAAACAGUAUGUUUGUCGUCCGCAAGCCCUCUGCGGUGCCGUCCCGGGGGGGCCCCGAGCCUGGCCCCGGGCUCAGCAGCGAUUCCCCUGCGGGGGAGCCCUCGCCCAGCCGGGGCACCGGUCUGGAGGACACGCCGCCCUUCCCUCGCACGCUCCUGCAGGCACCGGGGGAGGCCUUGGGUGGCCCCAGGUACGCCAGCACCAGCGGCGAAGACGACUCCUCGGCCUCCAAGAAGAGCAAGUUUGACUGCGGCUCCUUCUCGCGGCAGAGCCCUGGUGAGCCCCGCCCCCAGGACGGCCCGAGGCCCAGCGGCUUCCAGUCGGACGCGGACGCCACGUCGCUUUUCCGGCAGCUGCUCCUGAAGUCCCAGGAGCCUCUGGUGAGCCACGAGCAGACGCAGGCAUUCCAGAUGAUCACCCAGUCCCAGCGGAUCUUCUCCCACACCCAGGUGGCCGCCGCCUCCUCCCAGCUUCCCAUGCCCGACGGCAAGCGAGUUGCCCUGAAGUCACUGCAGGAGCCGUGGCCGCAGCAGCCCCCACCUAUGGCGCCCACUGUUGACUCUCUCCAUGCUGGCCCCAUGAACCCUGAGCCAGAGGGAUCCCUAGCCCGCAGGAGAAAAUCCACACCCGCUUUCCCCACGGAGGCCUCCCCCAGCAGCGCGAGCCAGGACACAAAGGGGAGACCAAAAGCGGCUGCUGCUCCGCCUGCCCUUACGGCGUCGUCCCUGGACCCUCCCGGGAACCCAGACAUCUCCUCUCCGGCCAAGCAGUUGAGAUCCUCGAAAGGGACCUUGGGCCGGGGGAACACCUUCUCCCCCGGCGGCCUGCGUCAGACCCAGUUGGGAGGGGAGGAGCCAUCCAGAGCCCACCUCCCAGGGAAGCAGGCCCAGGCUGAGAAUGGCACGGCUUCCGGGGCCACAAAAGGUGAAAAGGGCUCGGCCUGCCCCCGGGGCAGAGGCUACAGGCUCUUCUCUGGCAACUCCAGGGCCCAGCGCUUUUCAGGCUUCCGGAAGGAGAAGGUGAAAAUGGAUAUGCGCUGUGCGGCUUCUCCAAGCCAGGUGGCCAUGGCCUCCUUCUCGUCGUCGGCUGGGCCUCCAGCAGAUCCCCCCUGGGACUCCAAGUCCAAGCUGACGAUAUUCAACAGGAUCCAGGGUGGAAAUAUCUACCGGCUCCCCCGCCCGAUGAAGGAGGAGAACAUGGCAGGUGGCUGUAACCAGCACAAUGGUGGUCCCACAGACUGGGCAGAGCCAAGGAGCACUUACGUCUGCAAGAAUUGCAGCCAGAUGUUUUAUACAGAGAAGGGGCUGAGCAGCCACAUGUGUUUUCACAGCGACCAGUGGCCGUCACCUCGAGGGAAGCAGGAGCCGCAGGUGUUUGGCAUGGAGUUUCGCAAGCCACCAAGACAGGUGCUGAGGCUGGAGGGGGACGGGCAGAGUCCCCCAGGAGCCAGGAAGUCCUCGGACAACGUGACUGCAGCCCCUUUGGUGGUCCCUGUGUCGGUGCCUGUGGCUCCAGCGAACCAUCCCCCGGGGAGCAAGGUGGGUGGACAGAAGGAGGACGGGGAGGAGAGAGACAGCAAGGAGAGCGGCCAACACAGGAAGCAGAAGAAGCUCCCCCGGCCCAAGGCACUGCCCGUCCCUCCUCCGCCCCCCGUGUCUGGGGAGCUGGGCCCGGGAGGGUGCCGCCGGAGCUGCCUGCGCUCGCCCGUGUUCCUGCUGGACCCCCUCCUGAAGGGGCUGUCCCGGUGCCCUCCCUACACGCCGCCCCCGAUGCUCAGCCCCAUCCGGGAGGGCUCCGGGCUGUGUUUCAACACGCUCUGUUCCACGUCCGCUCACGCCCGUCCCGACAGGCUCAUCAGUGCCAUGCUUGAUCACAUGGACGGCUCUUUUGGCAUCUAUGUGGUGAAGGACAACACCAGGAUCAGCACUGAACCACACAUCAACAUAGGAAGCCGGUUUCAGGCUGAGAUCCCAGAGCUCCAGGACAGAUCACUGGCUGGAACUGACGAGCAUGUAGCUUCUCUGGUCUGGAAGCCAUGGGGAGAUGUGAUGAGCAACCCGGAAACGCAGGAUAGAGUGACCGAGCUCUGCAACGUGGCCUGCUCCAGCGUGAUGCCAGGAGGGGGCACCAACCUGGAGCUCGCUCUGCACUGCCUGCACGAAGCCCAGGGCAACAUCCAGGUUGCCCUGGAGACCCUCUUACUGAGAGGACCCCAGAAGCCACGGACUCACCCUCUCGCCAACUAUCGCUACACAGGUUCGGACAUCUGGACCUCCAUGGAGAAGAGGCUCUUUAAGAAGGCGUUCUGUGCCCACAAGAAGGACUUCUACUUGGUACACAAGACGAUCCAGACAAAAACUGUAGCCCAGUGUGUUGAGUAUUACUACAUCUGGAAAAAAAUGAUCAAGUUUGACUGCGGCCGAGCCCCAGUGCUGGAAAAGAGGGUCAAGAGAGAGCCAGAUGAAGCAGACAGGACAGGAGCGAAGGUCACUUGUAGCCCUCGGGAGAGAUCCAGCCACUGUCCAAGCCCCGAAUUAAAGAUAAAGACUAAGAGUUACAGGAGGGAGUCCAUCCUCAACUCCAGCCCAAACGCCAGCUCGAAGCGGACCCCUGAGCUGCCGGGGAGCAGGGAGGGCCACGGCUUCUUCCCCUGCAGGGAGUGUGAGAGGGUGUUUGACAAGAUCAAGAGUCGAAAUGCCCACAUGAAGCGGCACCGGCUUCAGGACCACGCGGAGCCCAUUGUCAGGGCCAGGUGGCCCGUGAAGCCCUUCCAGCUGAAGGAGGAGGAGGAGGAGCAGCUAGGGGCUGACAUCGGCCCUCUGCAGUGGUGAUUCUGGGCGGGCAGCAAGUUGGGACGGGCACCUCCAGCCCUGUCACGUCUCCUUUAGCCACUCCAAGGUACCCCUCUGCCUCCCUGGCCCCGUCACUGUCCCCACCCGGCAGCCCAGCUUGCAGACAUGAAAGGCAUUAGGCCACGAGCAGGCAGGGGACGCAGUCAUCUGACCACUGUGAAGGCCCUGCCCGCUGCGCCAGAGGCUCUGUUCUCUUUAGGUUAAUAGUCUCUCGCCGCCUUUCAGGUCCACUCCUUCCAGAGCAGAGCGGCUUGGGGAGGGAAAGGUUAGCUCUGGGUAGCUCUUCAAUGUUAGCCUCAGUUUGGGGCUUUGGUUACAUUUGUUAGAUGAGGCCAAGAUGUAGAGAAUCAGUGGGAAGUACCUUCAGAUCUCCACCGUGUUGGGGCCCCUCACCGGGGGUUUCUCUGCCUUCGAAUUCUGUCCCUAGUCUUGCCAUGACUUGUACAUUGUUAGGGUUUUUUUGUACGUGUUGACUUGUAAAUCUUAUUAAAUUGGGUUCUUAAGCAGCUGUCUUCUGGCUUCCCUGCCUGUUGAUCCAGCAAAGGCUUUU